AGAAAGUAUUCCGUUUCUUUUCUUUGGCCGCUAUAAUGAAUUUACGAGCAUAAUAAUUAAUCAGUACAAACUACACUACCCAACCAAGAAUAGUAAUUCACAAAAAAGAAGAAUCAUUACAAAAUAACAACUAUCAAAGUUACAAUUUGACACAACAAAUUGUAGAAAAUAUGCAACGUAACACACCCAAAACCGCUUCAAAAAUAUCCGAAAUAUGACCACCAAACAAAUAGUAACAGUUGGAUCCUGCAAUAUUGAUCUGGUAAGCUACGCCCCGAGGAUACCGAAUCCUGGCGAAACGAUCCACGGCAGGGAAUUCCUCACUUUCUUCGGAGGAAAAGGCGCCAAUCAAUGCGUAGCUGUUGCUAAGCUGGGAGGAGAGGCGGUGAUGGUGGCGAGAGUUGGAGACGAUAUUUGGGGUCCGAAAUACCUCGAAACGCUGCAGAAGGAAAACGUUAUCACGAAAUACGUGCUGGAAACCGAGAAAUGCAGCACGGGCGUCGCUCAAAUUAUAGUAGGUGACGAUACAGGGCAGAACCAAAUCGUAAUAACGGCCGGUGCAAAUGGGGAAUUAAAAGUUAAAGAUAUAGACGCAGCUGAGGAGGUAAUCAGUCAAGCAGGCGCAGUGAUUAUGCAAUUAGAAACUGCCGAGAGUGCAGCUAUUAGAGCUAUGGAGUUAUGCAAAGGGGUGUCUAUAUUGAACGGGGCUCCUGGAAAAUCCACGUAUGACCCGAAACUGCUAACACUACCUACAAUAUUUUGUGUCAAUGAAACUGAAGCUUCCAUUUUUUCUGGUGGUUUACCUGUAAGUACUAAUCCCGAAAUAGAAGCGGCUGCGGCAGCUUUGAUGUCCAAAGGCUGCCAAUGCGUUAUCAUUACUUUAGGCGAACAGGGAGCUUUCUAUAUCGACAAAAACGAUAAAUACUACGUUAGUUCAAACAAAGUAAAAUGCGUAGAUUCGACUGGAGCAGGCGAUGCUUUUAUAGGAGCACUAGCUUAUCUUCUGGUAAACGAAAAAGACAUGCCAAUGAAAAAAGCUAUAGAAUUAGCGUGCUUUGCUGCAGCUGAUAGCGUUACAAGACCCGGAGCUCAGCCCAGUUUUCCUGACUCAAGUAUUUUUAAGGAAAUUAUUGAUAGUAGUAAGACGAGUACUGACACACAACAAUGCGAUUGUAGUACUUAGAUGAUAAAAG